GCGCUGUGUCCGGUGUGGGCGUGGCCGGCCUGGGCUCUGGUGAGUUCGGUGUAGCGGAGCAGCCAGUGCGCAGUGUCCACGGCUCAGUACAGCGCUCACACCGCAGCCAUGGGGAAUACGGUGGCCCGGGAGGACUUCGAGUGGGUGUACACCGACCAGCCGCACGCUGAACGCCGGAAGGAGAUCCUGGCCAAGUAUCCCGAGAUAAAGCAGCUUAUGAAACCCGAUUCUAACCUAAUAUGGAUCGUCUGUAUGAUGGUUCUCACUCAGUUCCUGGCCUUUUACCUGGUGAAGGACCUGGACUGGAAGUGGCUCAUGUUCUGGACAUACGUGUUUGGAAGCUGCAUCAGCCAUUCUAUGACCCUGGCCAUCCAUGAGAUUUCUCACAACUGCGCAUUUGGAAACAAUAAGGCCUUGUGGAACCGUUGUUUUGGGAUGUUCGCCAACCUGCCCAUUGGCCUUCCUUACUCAAUCUCCUUCAAGAGGUACCACAUGGACCACCAUCGCUACCUGGGUGGAGACGGCAUCGACGUGGAUAUUCCCACCGAUUUCGAGGGCUGGUUUUUCUGCACUUCUCUGAGGAAGCUUGUUUGGAUCAUCCUGCAGCCGCUCUUCUACACCAUUCGGCCCAUCUGUAUCAACCCCAAGCCCAUCUCUCGUCUGGAAUUAAUCAACCUGGUGGUGCAGUUUUCCUUCGACGCCAUGGUUUACUAUUUCUUGGGUGUGAAGACCAUGGUUUACAUGCUGGUUGGAUCUAUUCUGGGACUCGGACUCCAUCCUAUAUCUGGGCACUUCAUCGCUGAACAUUACAUGUUCUUAAAGGGACACGAGACCUACUCCUACUAUGGGCCGUUAAACUACCUGACCUUUAAUGUUGGCUACCACAACGAGCACCAUGACUUCCCAAGUGUUCCAGGCAAGAACCUGCCUCUGGUGCGGAAGAUCGCCGCGGAGUACUACGACCCCCUGCCGCAGUACACCUCCUGGGUGAAGGUGCUCUAUGACUUUAUAAUGGACGACACACUCUGCCCCUACUCCCGGGUCAAGCGGGAACUAAAAGGCGAGAUAAAACAGGAAUGAUUCCUCUAGGACCCUUCCUUCUGGCCCUCAGGGGUCCCAUACGCUUUAGUUUUGGGAAUAUGGAGUCUGCAGUACAAGGAGCCCCGAAAAUAUAAUUGCACCAGGACCCUCUCAGACUCCAUUUUUACACUCCAAAUGCUUCUAAUAUAAAAGCUAGAUAGAUAUAUUAUUUUUUUUUGUAAUUUAGGCGUGGGUAGUCAAGGGGUUAUAGAGUAGCCGUUACCCAUAGCAACCAAUAUGGAGGAUGGCCCAUGACAUCACCGAGGUGGCCAUAUUGUACGCUAAACGGUCUUCAGGGGCUUCGGAAAUUGUGUUGCAUCUGAUUCACGACAAUGUGUUUUCCGGAAAAGUCGCCGUGAUGGAGGCUCCUGCUAUAACCGCAGGUGUGUCGUAUCAUUUCAGGUCGCCAAGUGUAUCCCCUAGGUUCCCCUGUUACUUUACGUCUGGGCGGUCCUCAUAGGCUGCCUGUGUAAUACACUGGGUGUGUCUGUAGGGGUCACUCUUUUCAUCCCUCCCGCUACGAGGUCCAAAUGUCCCAAGUCUAGAGCUGAUUUCUGGUGUCCCAAAAAAAAAAAAAAAAAAACCUUUAAGAGACAGAAAAUCUUUUCCACUGCCCUCCCCUUUCCUUUUUAUUACUUUAUUGUGCCCUUGACGGGAGGCCUUCACUUUGCCAGUAGAGGAUAUCUUAUCAGCAGGACCUGGACUCUGGCUGGGACCCAAUGACGUUGGAUAGGACCUGGACUAUGGCUGGGACCCAAUGACGUUGGAUAGGGCGCCAGGCUCGCUGACAGCUAGAGCUGACUGUGCAGAAAUUGAGAGUGGACGGCUGUACUCCCGACACGAGAAGAAAGGAUUGUGUAGGACUUUGAGCCUCGAAACGCGUCGACAGAAGGAGAGAAAAAUAAAUAUGCAUUCCUGGGAAGAUCAAAACUAGACUUUACCAAGUCCUCGAUUCCUGCAACAAGGGGUUAAAGGUGUUUUCCAGGAUUUUUUUUUUUUUUUUACUGCUGAACUAUCCUCUAGAUAGGUCACCAGUAUCUGAUCGGUGGGGUGGACACGCGGUAUCCCCACCGAUCAGCUGUUUUGAGAAGGCGCUCCUGUGAGUGCCGCGGCCUUCUCCGUGCUGACCAGGCGCUGUGCUGAGAAGGCUGCAGCACUUAACGGACAGCCAGUGCCUUCUCAAAACAGCUGUUCGGUGGGGGUCCCGGUUGUCGGGCCCCCACUGAUCAGAAUCCUGGUCAUCAGUGUAAAACAU